AACACAAGUUCACAUCUCUCUCUUUCCUUUAUACUCUUUCAUUACAUUAUCUCUUCUCUUUUUCUAACCUCUCAUUUAACAACAGAGCAAAAAAACACAGUCUUUCAUCUUCUUCUUCUGGGGAGAAAGAAAGAGAGCUCUAACAAUGGCGAACUUGGUCUUAUCCGAAUGUGGCAUAAGACCUCUCCCCAGAAUCUACACCACGCCCAGAUCCACUUUCCUCUCCAACACCACCUUCAAACUCAAACCAUCACCUGCGUUUCGUCUGAAUGGGUUCUCCACUAAGAACUGGGCCGCUUUGAAUGUAACCACGCCUUUAACAGCUGACUCACCUCCUCCAACCUCAGAAGAACACGAGAGGCAGAGAUUCGACCCAGGCGCGCCUCCUCCGUUCAACUUGGCGGAUAUUAGAGCAGCUAUUCCUAAGCAUUGUUGGGUUAAGAACCCAUGGAAGUCCAUGAGUUAUGUCGUGAGAGAUGUCGCCAUUGUGUUUGCAUUGGCUGCUGGAGCUGCUUACCUCAACAGUUGGCUUGUUUGGCCUCUCUAUUGGCUUGCUCAAGGAACCAUGUUCUGGGCUCUCUUUGUUCUUGGCCAUGAUUGUGGACAUGGUAGCUUCUCAAAUGAUCCAAGGUUGAACAGUGUGGUGGGUCACCUUCUUCAUUCCUCAAUCCUAGUCCCUUACCAUGGCUGGAGAAUUAGCCACAGAACUCACCACCAGAACCAUGGACAUGUUGAGAACGAUGAAUCUUGGCAUCCUAUGUCUGAGAAAAUCUUCAAGACUUUGGAUAGACCCACUCGGUUCUUUAGAUUUACACUGCCUCUCGUGAUGCUCGCGUACCCUUUCUACUUGUGGGCUCGAAGUCCGGGGAAGAAGGGUUCUCAUUACCAUCCGGACAGCGACUUGUUCCUCCCUAAAGAGAAGAAUGAUGUUCUUACUUCUACUGCUUGUUGGACUGCAAUGGCUGCUCUGCUUGUCUGUCUCAACUUUGUGAUGGGUCCAAUGCAAAUGCUCAAACUCUAUGGCAUUCCUUACUGGAUAAAUGUGAUGUGGUUGGACUUUGUGACUUACCUGCAUCACCAUGGUCAUGAAGAUAAGCUCCCUUGGUACCGUGGGAAGGAAUGGAGUUACUUGAGAGGAGGACUUACAACAUUGGAUCGUGACUACGGAGUGAUCAAUAACAUUCAUCACGACAUUGGAACUCAUGUGAUACAUCAUCUUUUCCCGCAGAUCCCACAUUAUUACCUAGUAGAAGCAACAGAAGCGGCUAAACCAGUAUUAGGGAAGUAUUACAGGGAGCCUGAUAAGUCUGGACCUUUGCCAUUACAUUUACUUGGAAUCUUAGCAAAAAGUAUGAAAGAAGAUCAUUAUGUGAGCGAUGAAGGAGAUGUUGUAUACUAUAAAGCAGAUCCUAAUCUAUAUGGAGAGAUCAAAGUAACAGCAGAUUGAAAUGAAGCAGGCAGAAAGAGAUAGAGAAGUUUUUUCUAUUUCUGACCAGCUGAUUUUUUGCUUAUUAAUGUCAAGUUAUUGUGUUACUUCAUCUAGAGAGUUAGUAUCUCUGAAUACAAUUAGAUGGAAACAACAACUUUGUUUUCAGUACUGAAGCUAUAUAUAAAAGAUACAUUGCAUUGUCUUAGAAUCA